AUGUACAUAUGCGCUAAUGGACCAGAAUUCCAACUUCCUGUCCAUCCUUAUUUGCCUCUUCAUCGAUCACCUGAUGAUGAUGUCGAAAUUUGCGCUCAACCCCUUUGGAAUCUUCCUUCAGCAUCCAAUGAAUCCUUAGGGAAUGGCGCUAUUGACAGGUCAGAUGAUUAUUGCCCUAGGGAUAAUAAAUCAGCAGCUUCUUGGGAAGAUCGAGUCGCUGACAUGCAUGAUAAUUGUAUUGAAAUGUUGUCAACAAGAAGCAGUAUUACAGGGUUUCCUGAUGCGUUCACGAAAGAUGCAUAUGUGCCAAGUAUAACGAAAUCAAAUACAGGAUUAUAUAGUCAGAGAGAAAAAGCUAACAUCCCCGGUUCGAUCCAUUCCAUAAACCAGGAAGGGAGAAACCUAGAAGAUCCACUCAUUUGGCUGCCUCCGUCUGUACAUAAAUCGGCCAAGGGGCAACUACUCCACUGGAGGCCGUCCAUCGGACUUUCGAAUGAAUUUUCAGGAGAGGUCCUAAUCGAUUCCAAAGGAAUAAUAAAGGAUGGAAAUUCGGAAGACAUUUUUUAUACCGAAAAUUUUAACUCAUAUACAGCUUGUGAUACACAAAUAAACUUAGUUGAAUUGGAAAUUGAGGAAAAAAUGACCAAAGAAGAUAUGGGAGGAAGAAAAGUCAAUAGAGGAGAAACUGAAUUAGGAGAAGAAAUAGAAGAAGUAAAUAAUAUGCUCAAAAAAGUUAGAGAGGCAGAAGGUGCAUUCAGUGCCUCUAAUCCACUGCUUACGAGGCCCACUUCUGAAGUAGACUACUCCCAAGACUUCUCAUGGUUUCCAAACCAAAGUAUGCAUUGUUCUAACAAGACGAGGCCUUCAGACGUUCCUGACGACUUCACGGAGACUUGGUAUCGCACUUACAGAGACGGAAAUCCAGAUGUUAUUUUGUCUAAAACUGAAUCUAGAGAAAAGAAGAUCGAAUGUAGACAGAUGAGAAAUCACUCCAAGCCGAUACGUAUCACACGAGAAUGCUCACUAAGAACCGGAUUAACCGAUCGCUUUUUAGAACGAGCCAGUGACCUACAAACUGUACUAGUAAAGGUAUGCUGCCUCGAUUAUAUCAUUAAGGCUGUAAACUUAAAAUGUAGGAUAUUAUAA